AAAAAAAAAAAGGAAAAACCCACAACCCAAGCCGCCUCCGUUAGAGCGUUGUUCCCCUAUAUUUGAAUUGAAGUUAGUACUACUUUCCUCUCUCUAUCAAUCAUUCUUCUUCACAUAUAACCCAUUAAAGUGUUUGAGAGGAAGGGUAGAAAUAAAAAUGGCAGUGGCUGCAUAUGGACAGCUGAAUGUUGAAGAAGCGCCAUUAUGGGGUUCUCGUAGUAUCGAUUGCUUCGAAAAACUUGAACAAAUCGGUGAAGGAACUUAUGGGUUUGCCCCCUUUUUUAUCCCUUUAUUUGGAUGCUUUAUUUCUAAUGGCUUCUUUUUGUUUAGUACUAACUUGUAUGUUGAUGGGUUGCUUUUUUGCCUCAUUGAAAGGCAAGUGUACAUGGCUAGAGAAAAAAAAACCGGGGAGAUUGUUGCUUUGAAGAAGAUACGUAUGGACAAUGAGAAGGAGGGGUUCCCUAUAACAGCCAUCCGUGAGAUUAAAAUUCUAAAGAAAUUGCAGCAUGAAAAUGUCAUUAAGCUGAAAGAGAUAGUAACCUCUCAAGGCCCUGAAGGGGACGAGCAAGAGAAGCUAGGAGCAGAUAAUAACAAGUACAAGGGAAACAUCUACAUGGUUUUUGAAUACAUGGAUCACGACUUGACUGGCCUUGCUGAUCGACCAGGGUUGAGAUUCACAAUUCCGCAGAUUAAAUGCUACAUGAAGCAACUGCUUACUGGUCUUCAUUAUUGCCAUGUUAAUCAAGUUCUUCACAGAGAUAUCAAAGGCUCUAAUCUUCUGAUAGAUAAUGAAGGAAAUCUGAAGCUUGCUGAUUUUGGUUUAGCCCGCUCAUUUUCUGGUGAUCACAAUGCUAAUCUGACAAAUCGUGUUAUUACUCUGUGGUAUAGACCUCCGGAGUUGUUGCUUGGAGCCACGAAGUAUGGUCCCGCUGUUGACAUGUGGUCCGUUGGUUGUAUAUUUGCUGAACUUUUAUACGGAAAGCCAAUCUUACCUGGAAAAAAUGAGCCUGAACAAUUGAACAAAAUAUUUGAGCUUUGUGGAACCCCUGAUGAGAUUAACUGGCCUGGUGUAUCAAAGAUUCCUUGGUACAGCAAGUUCAAGCCAGCAAGGCCAAUGAAAAGACGAGUCAGAGAGGUCUUUAGGCAUUUUGAUCGCCAUGCCUUGGAUUUAUUAGACAAAAUGCUGAAUCUUGAUCCUUCUCAGAGAAUAUGUGCAAAGGAUGCUCUAGAUGGUGAAUAUUUCUGGACCGACCCCUUACCUUGUGAUCCUAAAAGCCUACCUCAGUAUGAAUCAUCACACGAGUUCCAGACUAAGAAAAAGCGGCAACAGCAGAGACAGAAUGAAGAAAUGGCCAAAAGACACAAGCUGCAGCACCCACAGCAACAUUCACGCCUCCCCCCUAUCCAACAGUCUGGGCAAGGUCAUUCCCAGCACUGGGGUGGACAUAAUUCCCAGCCUGCAAUAUCUGCUGGAGCUGGUCAUCAUCAGUAUGGAAAGCCUCAUGGUCCUGGAGGGCCAAAUCGGUAUCCUCCAGGUGGAAACCCUGGUGGGGGUUAUUAUCAAGAUCGUGGGGCACAGGGAGUUGGUUAUAGUAGUGGGGCAUAUCCACCUCAGGGACGAGCCCCACCUUAUCCUGGUAGUGGGGUGGCUUCCAGUGGUCCCCGGGGACCUAGUGGUGGGUAUGGUGGUCCUCCUAAUUACUCCCAAAGUGGUCAAUAUGGAGGUUCUGGUGCAGGCAGAGGUUCUAACCAGAUGAGUGGAAACCGUAACCAGCAAUAUGGUUGGCAGCAAUAGAGUCUGACUUGUGUUUGCAAUAUAGAAAAUCCACUGGCCAGACAGCUUCAAAGAAAACCAAUAUCAAUUGUAAGAAAUUGGGUGCUCAUGCAACAUCGUUUGCAUAUCUUAGAGCUACAAUGGCACAUGUAAAGGCGUGGUUUUUGUGAAGUCGAGUAGUGGAUCAUUUUUGGCUUAGGUAUACAAAUUUUGUGACAAGCUUUGCUGCUUGAUUCUUUUAAAUAGCAAUUUAUUGUUUUAAACUACAAAUUUUGGAUACUCUGAAUUAAUUCAUAGCCUGGGAUAUGCAUGUAGUGGUGAUGGUUGACACUAUAGUCGUGCACUCAUGCAAUUAACCGUGUCCAAGUAGAUUAAACUCGUUUCUCGGAAAUAUGAGGAAUGGCUAUAUAUUUCAACCAGA